AUGGAGCAAAAACAAAAUAGCACGCCGGCGGAUUCGCAGGACUUGUAUAGCUAUUUGGACAUGAGUACACCUGGUUCGACGUCACAGGAAACAUCUACACCUCCUGCUGUGGGAGCAGCCAGUCAAUAUGACAAGGAAUUAUUGAGUGUCCUCGAAGACCCGUUCAACGGUUCCAAUGUUAGCCAAUUUUAUGGGUUUAGUGGACCAAAUGGAGCUUUUGCAGGUCCUGACCCCGAAUCUCCAUCUCAGUUAUCGACGUCUGUUCAGGUGUCUCUCCGCGAAUUCAACCAGGACAAUGGAGCUCAACAAAUGUCGAAUUUCGACAACCCUGGCUUCUUAUCUGUGAAUUUAUCAACUGAAUUCUCUGGGGGAUAUGAUGAAUUGAGCCGUGAUACGGCCACCGGAUUCGUACCUUCGGCCUCAUAUUUGGAUCCGAAUUUGUACGAGGGUGAUCAGUUCAAGAUCACGAGGAAUAUUUCCAACACUAAUCUAUCAGAGGCUUCAUCCACGAGUCCGUAUCUUGCUCCUAGUAGGGGCUCUUCAUAUGAUGUGAAUGAGAUACUGUCUCCUAUGAUGGCUCCUUUUGCAGACGACGAGGACAGUGCAUAUGUAUCUAGCACUCUGGGAACUUUGAGACUAGAAAACGAAUUCAGCUUGUCGGGAAACUCACCCUCAAACAUACAGAUUGAAACGCCUCCUCCAACAAUUACCAUCAAUGGUGAUGAUACCGUGGGCUUGGAGAGCAAACGUCCGGCUUCUCUGUUCUCCUCUGCCCACAACACUCCUUCGGCAUCUCCGAAACUAGCUGCCCAGCCUCUUCCUUUGCAGCAGCAAGUUGAUAAUGCUGAGACCUCAUAUCUAUCACCAGAGGAUACCCAUACCCAAAUGAGGCUGGGUCGCCAGAGACUGAAGGUGGAGUCGUCUGGGUCCAGGUCGAAUUCCCGAUCCAAUUCAAGAUCCACCUCUAGAUCGCGCUCAAGAUCGAGGGACUCCGAAAGAUCGGAUUCCUAUUACACCUCAGGAGACGAUGAUUUUGAAGAAGAGUCUGGAGACGAUACAGAUGCGGACCACAAUAAGAGAAUGGCCGAGCUGGCAUCUCCAAACUCCAAGAACAAGAGAGCCCAGAAGAAUCCCAGCGUCUUUCCUUGUGAUCAGUGCGAUAAGAGGUUUACAAGGCCGUACAACCUGAAGUCUCACAAGAGAACUCACACCAACGAGAGGCCGUACAUCUGUAAGAUCUGUGGCAAGCCCUUUGCGAGACAACACGAUCGCAAGCGUCAUGAAGAUUUGCACAGUGGUGAAAAACGGUAUCAGUGUCGUGGAGAGUUGGAAAACGGUUCGAUAUGGGGAUGCGGUCGCAAGUUUGCGCGGACAGAUGCUCUCAGGCGACAUUUCCAAACUGAAAGUGGAAAACAGUGUAUUGCACCUGUAAUCCAGGAGGUCGAGAAGGGCAGCGCUACAAGCAUUUAUCGUCCACAAAAUUCCACCAACGGCGUGACUGCAGACUCAAGUCAGUUUGAUAUGAGCCUUACAGAUUCGGCCCUGUUGGAUAAACUCAUCAGCAACCAAGAGUUGAACUUCAAAUGA